AUGAAUUCUCUUAGAAAAUCAUUAUUUUUGACAGGUUCCCAUAGUGGGUCUACCAAAAUAAUGAAUUCUCUUAGAGAAUCAUCAUUUUUAGAUGGCUCUCAUAGUAGUUCUGCUAAAAUAACGAAUUCUCUUAAAGAAUUGUUAUUUUUAAUGGUUUUUCAUAGUGGAAAAUUAUUAUCUUUAGCGGUCUUUCAUAGUAGUUCUGCUAAAAUAACUAAUUCACUUGAAAAAUCAUUAUUUUUAGUAGUCUUUCAUAGUGGUUCUGCCAAAAUAAUAAAUUCUUUUAAAGAAUCAUUAUCUUUAGCGGUUUCUAUAAUAGGUUCCUAUAAUGGGUUUGCUAAAAUAACGAAUUCUCUUAGAGAAUUGUUAUUUUUAGUGAAUUCCUAUAAAAAUUCUGAAGAAGGUGAUUAG